AUGGCCGCAAUAGCUUCUGAGUAUCUGGCGGACGUGCUGGAGCCCGAGAAAUUCGCAGCAGCAAUCUUCGGCGUCACCCUCGCCUUCACCGUUCUCUCAGCAAACACCGUUGGCCUGCGCUCCUGGAUCAGGUUCAGGAAGGGACGGUUUGGCAAUGACGACUACCUGAUGUGUACGGCGCUGGUCGUCAACUUGGUCCAUAACAGUAUGGUCAUGCACGGGACGUUUGUCGGAAUCGGGUCUCCGGAUUCAAAACUCAAUCCUGAGUUGGACGCUGAGGGGAGAAAGUACCUCUUCCUCUGGCAGAUUUUCUACGCCAUCAACCUGGUCUUCAUCAAGACCAGCAUCCUCACCACCCUGAAGGGGAUCGCCAAGGGAUUGCGGUACAUCUAUGCCAUCUGGGGUCUCAUAGUGGUUGUGAGCUUGCUGAGCAUCGCCGGUGUCAUCACGCUGUUGGCCAAGUGCCGGCCAAUCCAGUCAAACUGGACAGGCAAUGGCUCCUGCAUCGAUUCGGAUGUCUUUGUUGCCCUGUCCAAGACCGCCUAUGCCUUCGACGUCCUGUCCGACCUUGCAAUGGCUACUAUUUCAACGCUUCUCCUCUGGACUCCCCAGAUGCGACUCAGAUCAAAGGUCCUGACAGUAGCGGCGUUGGGUCUCGGUGUAGUAGCCUCCAUGGCGUCCUUGAUCCGCACAAUUUACACCGAUGCAUACAGCUCGGAUGACAACUACCUAUUCAACACGGGCAAGAUCGUCCUGUGGACGGUUGUGGAGUGCGGGAUUGGUAUCAUUGCCGGGUCGCUGCCGAUGCUGGGCCUCUUCCACGAGCAACGGCGGAUGGAGAAGAAGUGGGAGGAGCUGGAACUGCAGCAAAGCCAGGUCGACUUGACCAAGGUGGCCCCGACCCACCCAAACCCAAGGGCUGGGAGAGUGUGA